AUGCUCUUCCCGAAAGCCCAUGAGCUCGUGAUCCGCAAUGCCGCCUUCGCCAUCAACCCGGCCGACUACAUCAAGCAGGUCAAGGGCAACAUGGUGUUCCCGUGGGUCAAGUACCCGUUCGUGCUGGGCUCCGACGUCGCGGGCGAGGUCGUCGAGGUCGGCAGCGCCGUCACGCGGUUUCGCGCUGGCGACCGCGUCGUCGCCUACGCCGCCAGCACGGAUCCCGGACGGAACAGCAACGCCAAAGGUGGCUUUCAGCUUUACUCGCUCGUGUGCGAUAACAUGGCCGCGCCUGUUCCCGAGGGCAUGGCGCUGGAGAGCGCGGCUGUGCUGCCGAUGGGGGUUACGACUGCUAGCUGCGCGUUAUUUGGGAAGGACUUUUUGAAGUUGCGGCGGCCGGGGGUUGCGGGUGCUGGUGCUGGCCCGGAUAAGAAGACGGGAAGUAAGGAGGUCGUGCUCGUCUGGGGCGGCUCCACGAGCGUCGGCUGCAACGCGAUCCAGCUCGCCGUCGCGGCCGGGUACGACGUCGUCACCACGUGCUCGCCGCGGAACUUCAACCUGGUCAAGUCGCUGGGCGCGACGCAGGCCUUCGACUACCGCAGCCCGACGGUCGUCGCGGACAUCGUUGCCGCGACUGCCAAGCGCCAGGUCGCGGGCGCGCUGGCCAUCGGGAGCCUAUCGGGCAGCAAGUGCAUGGACGUGGUGGCGCGCAGCCAGGGGAAGAAGUUCGUCGCUAUGGUGUCGUACCCGGUGCCGGACGAUCCUGAUGCCGGCACACUGACCUCGGCGUUCUGCUUUGUUCGCGGGACUGCUUCGUUGAUGCUGAAGUCGCAGCUCACGGGCGUCAAGCAGAAGUUCGUGUUUGGGUCGGCUAUCAUCCAUGACGAUGUCGGGAAAGCUCUCUGGGAGGACUUCUUGCCUGCGGCGUUGCAAGAGGGUCGAUAUGUCGCCGCUCCUGAGCCGCAGGUUGUCGGACAUGAUCUGGAGUGCUUACAGGCGAACAUGGACUUGCUGAAGAGGGGUGUCUCGGCGAAGAAGUUCGUGGUUACCCUGUGA